AUGGAUGUGUAUGCUGACCUUUGGGGAAAAGGAUACUUGCUGCCCAACGAUGAGAAGGAGCAGGAUCAUAUGAAUAUCAUAUCGCAUCUCUUCAAACUCAUUCUCGGUGGACGACUCUUCCUUGCGCCUCUCCCGCAGAACAUGAAGCGCAUCCUCGACAUCGGUACUGGAACCGGUGACUGGGCUAUUGAUAUGGCAAGAUGCACGGAGAACAACGACGAUGUCGAGAAUGACUGGGCACACCACAACCCCUUCGACUACAUCCACUGCCGCUUCAUGGCCUCUUCCAUCCGGGACUGGCCCCGUCUCUUCCGCCAGAUCCUCGAAAACCUGACGCCAAACGGGUACGCUGAAUUCUACGACUUCGACUUCUUUUUCCGCAGCGACGACAACUCCCUCCUGCCAACCCACGAGAUGUACAUAAACUGCGCUGAAACCACCAGCGCGGCAGAAAAGAUCGGCCAAACCGCCUGUCCCGGCCCCCAUCUAGCCAAAUGGGCGCGCGAAGCAGGCUUCGUCAACAUCACGGAGCGCAAGAUGAAAGUGCCUAUUGGGCCGUGGGCGAAGGACCCCAAGCUAAAGGAGAUUGGAGCGUGGAACCAUGUGCAGGCGAUGGAAGGAAUGGAGGGAUGGUCGAUGGCGCUGUUGACGAGGGUGAAUGGGUGGAGCGAGCAGAGAGUGAGAGAGCACCUAGUGAGGCUGAAGAAGGACUAUCAAGAUACGAAGAUCCAUGCAUAUAUGACUGCGUAUGUGGUCUAUGGGCAGCGGCCGGAGAAGAACUAG